CCUCUCGGUUUUGAUUUGUGUGGGUCGAGAGCGAGGGAAUUCAAAGGCAGUACCAAUCAGCACAACAGGAACAGAUCUUUCAUGAAAGAUACCCAGAAAAGGAAUUCGUUUUCAGGACCCUGUACUUCGCUCUUUUACACACCCAGAAGGGUUUUGGAGCUUCCACACCGUGUUUUUGGAUAGAAAGUUGAGGUUUUUAUAUAUAUAAAGUACAGGGGCACGGACGGGGAAAGGAGGGAAACAGAAGGGGAGGAGCGAGGGAGACAUGAUUGGAUUGAGAGAAGGGUGGCUUCUAUUUGGAGUGAAUGUGGGUCUUGCUUGUGUUGAUGGCAUCAUAGCCGUUCUUGCUUUUACUCAGCUGAUACGAAUUCACUCAAGAAAUUCACAACUUGGAUGGACUCGCCAAAAAGUGUUCCAUCUUCUUAUUGGCUCUACUAAUACAGGUUACUUCAUUUAUUUUGUCUUGACUCUAGUUGUUGCCUGCAAAGAUUGGCCUUGUUGGUCUUAUUCAUGUGGUUUUGUAGCCAUGGCCUUGCCCAGAAUUCUAUUUUUUGCAGCAUUUCUUCUACUUUUGUCAUUCUGGGUCGAUCUCUGCCACCAGGCAACUGAUGAAGAGGAAGACGAUGAAGAACAGAGCUUUUUGGAAGCGUUGUUGGAAAAAUCAUUUAAUAGGCCAAGUUCAACAACUUCUGAUAGUCGCAGAACAUGUUUUCCUUUCCGUUUAAUUCAUGUGGGAAGCCGUCAAAAAAUAGUGAUUUUGGUCACUGUUCUCGUAUUUCUUUUAAUGGUGACAUUUGCUGUGCUAAUAUGGAUUGGAAUGGGAAAGAAUCCCAUUGAUUCAUCCACAAUUGCCCGGGUGUACGUAGAUUUUUUUGCCAUAGCAAUACUACUACUAGGGGGAGCUUUAGCAUGUUAUGGACUCCUCUUAAGCUUGAAAAUGAGGAAAGUUAGAUCUGAACGAGCUUCGUCAGAGAUCUGGAAGGUUGCAGGGCUGGCCAUUGUUUCUCUUAUAUGCUUCACUUCAAGUGCUUUUGUAGCUAUUUUUACAGACAUUCCGAUGCUUUAUCACUGGCCUGAACUGUACAUAGAUGGAGUUUAUGAAUCUCUAUUGCUGAUUUUGUAUUAUUUUUUAGGUUCUUCAGUACCCUCAGCUUUUUUAUUAUGGGUCGUGAGAGAAUUGCCAGCCAUGUCAGUCACUAAUAAUCGAGAAGAAUCAAGGACAAUAACUUUCAUCAGUGACCACUCACCAGCAGUGCAUCAUCCUCAGCAAUGGACUACUGCAACAAGCUCACAGAAUCCGGUAUCAAGAGGUAGCCCUGUGUAGUUGCUCUCUAAUACAUUUUUAUGUGCGUCCAAAUACACAAAACGAGCCGGCGUUAUGGAUACUCUGGUCAAAGAUGAUUAUGGAACUUGGAUGGAUGGGGAUGGGCAGCAUUUAGAAGUACAGAAUAGCUGGUUCGAGAGGGGAUAGAGACAGAGAGAGAGCAGUCAAUGGUGCAACCAUAAGGUUGCCAUUGCCAUGCUCUUACAUUUUUAUUUUCACCGGCUCUAUGUUUUUGACAAUUGGAGUGUAAAUAGCAAGAAAAUGCUAAACGAGUUUUUCCUUUCAGUUAAUGUCUCUACCCUCCACCAUUCAUUAAGAAACUUGAUAGUCAUGA